AUGAAUGGUGACACUAUUGAAAAUAAUUUUUAUUCGAACGGAAAAUCUCACGUUGAACCAAACGAUAUUAUGGUCGAGAGUGUGUUUGCAAAUUUCUCAAACUUUGGGAAACAAAUCGCGGAUCUAAAUUCAUUUAUUCAGAAAAAAGACGACCAAAUUAAGCAUUUAACCGAGAGUUUAGCCGAGUCAACAAAAGAAAAUGCUCGCCUAAAAGCUCUAUUGUCACCCGACCAAUUUUUACCAAGUCGCAGUGACAUACGACAAAAGUUUCAAGAAAUUAGAAAGGCCGUUGAAAAUUUUGAUAAAUUAAUUGAGGAAUCACUUUCAUAUGAGCCUACUACGUCAGCCAGAAGUAUUCUUUUACAGGGAAUAAACAAUUCAAAUGUUGAAGUACCUUCCGAACAAGAACCUAAUACUCGUCCUUCCGACGAACGUGAUACAGCGGCAUCAUCUAAUAUUCAUACUGCACUUAACCAUGUAAAUUAUGAAUCUGAUAUGGCAUUUGGUGUCGCUGAUAUUCGAUAUACGACGAAUAAACAAUUUGCGCAUGUCGAUUUUAAGUCACCCGAGGCAAUGAGAAAAGCCAUAGAGCUAAAUAGCAAGACUAAGAAUCCACACGGUUUAUUACGGGUGGAAGCCGAUAAUAAUAACAAUAAUAAUAACAAUAAUAAUGGUGGUUUACGACACCAAAAUAAACCGUAUAAUACAAAUCGACCACAAAAUAAAAACGGUAACACAAACGGUUAUGUUCAAAAACAACAUAAUAACAACAAAUAUCAAUAUCCUAAUCCUCAUACUCAUAAUAAUAUUCACAAUAGUAACCUUCAUAAUAACAUUCAUAGUAAUAACCUUCAUAAUAACCACCUUCAUAACCCUCAUUUAUCACAAGAAGAGAAAGAUCAUCGCAUUAAUGGUUGGAAUAAAAUUCUUCCUGAUUCGUCUUCAAUAGUGACUCAGGGCGCGACGACACCAUCAAAUUCUGUUGCGACUAGCUCCAAUUAA